AUGCCAGUAUACGACCAGAUUGCACUGGACGUGCGCCGGGAAACUGGCAGUACAAUAAGCUCCGCCAUUAUCGUUUCUUAUUUCAAAGCCUUCCGGUAUGUAUGCGUCUCUUACUUUAACGCGCGACCUGUUAAGUUAAACGGACCAGGCAAAGUCGUCGGGAUUGAUGAGACCGUUUUGGCUUGCAGAAAAAAUAAUAAAGGAAAGCUUGUCUCACAUCAGUGGUGUUUUGGAGGGACUGAGAGGGGGAGCGAUAAGUGCUACCCUUGUGCCGCUUGUCCGGCAGUAUAUCCUCCCGGGCGCCACUAUUAUGUCGAAUAA